AUGCGAGCGCCGAUUGCGGGCUUUGGCAUCGCCUUGCUCCAGGGCGUGACGGCGGUGGCCCUCAACUUUGAUCUGAUUCGCCAUGCGGAACCCGCCACCACCGCCGCGUACUACCGCGUGCAGCAGACGCUGCCGCUGCCGGCGUCGCUCGUCAUCCCGCUCGCCGUGCUCACGACCUACGCCGACACGCUGUACAGCCUGUUUGUGCUGCGCGACCUGCGUGAGGCGCUGUUCCUCAUCCCGGGCUCCUACGCCAUGUACCUCUUCGCCGGCGUGAUCAAGCCCGCCAUGGCCACCGUCGCCAGCGCUGCCACUGAGGCCGACGUCUCCGCCGCCCUGGACACCAUCUACGACGCCCAUGUCCACCUGCUCCCCUCUGCCAUCUGCAUGUUCCUCCUGCACAUCUACACCCACAUCAUCUCCCCUCCUCCUGCCAAGAACAAGCACACGAAGAAGCACAAGUAA